UAACAACUCUCUCUUAUACUCCGGCAGCCGGAACUGAAAUCUAUAUUAUAUAUAGCUUGUCGAUUCCAAUAUAGCUUUUAAUUAUGCAACAAUUAGGGAGAGAGUUAGGAGUGGAGAAUUAAUGGUGGCGAUUCCGGUAUGGGCACCACUUUGCCCGCCAAAAAUUUACAAGUCUGCCACUAGACGCCAGGCGACCAUCGCCGCCGGCGAAGUAGGAACGUCAAAGAUGCCUCCUCGUCGACGACGGUGGGAUGAGCUGUGCCGGGAUCUCUUGAAUUCAAUCUACAUCAAGCUCCUUCCCCCCGACCGCGCCGAUUUCGGAUGCGUGUGCAAGAGCUGCCAUCACAUUCACGCUUCCGCCGUCGCCGCAGCCCCGCCGCCGACGACUCCUGUCUCCGGCAAGCGUGGUCACCCUAUCGACGUCGGAUCGCACGUCGGCGAGGAUGUCCCCGGCGGAUUUCGGGAGCUAUUGAGCUCGCCCUACUUACGCGUGUUCUACAAUUGGGCGAGCGGGUGGUGGCUUGUGGGAUACGAAAGCAUACCUGAUUCAAUCUUCGGAUGCUUCAAUCCCCUGCUUCCAUGGCCGUUUUGCUACUUCCGCCUUCCCAUACUGAGACUCCGUCCGCUGAAUCGCGAUCCCUUCCCGCAGCCGCCGAUCAAAGCCGCGUUCUCGGCCCCACCGACGGGUCCGGACUGGACCGUCUUGAUCGUGAACAGCCACCGCAGUUUCAGCACGUUCCGCCGCGGCCGUCUGUGGUGGGAGAGCUACACUUACUGCCGGGAGGGGGAAGAGGGCAAGAGAGUUUGCGAGGGAAUCGGAUUCAGGGGAGGAAGAUUCUUUCUCCUGUUCGACACAGGAGACGUUUUGAUCUUCGGAGCCUGCAGCAAGAGCAGGAUGCUGGUGGCGGCGGGGACUCCCCUGCUGGCAGGGGAGCUCCGCCUGCGGGAAAAUCUGUGUGUCGUGGCGGCGGCUGGGGAUGAAGAGUCGGUGGCGGUGAGUUGGGAGCGAGGGGGAGAAGGAGGAGGUAGGAGUUUCCGGCUGGUUGCGGUGGAGAAGGAUGUUACGCCGGCGAUGAAGGAACUGCAGUUGGAGGAAGGUAGCAGCAGGGGAGGGGUUUUAAUGGCGACGGAGCAACGGGGAACGAUCAAGCGGAUAACCUAUCAGAAUUCUAAUUACAUGGUUACUUUCCUGUGCAUUUUAUGGGUGCUUUUGAUGAUCAUAUAUGUAGUUAUAAUCACAUUUGUACCCGGCCUAAAUUUGGCCUGAAUUUUUGUCGAUCUUUUUGCUAGGGGUGUGAAUCUUAUUGAAACUGUUCUAUGAACUUGUGUCUCUCAGUUUUCAAUUUUCA